GCCGCGGCGCCGGCUGACCUCACUGCCGUGUUUCCACCUUCCAUCUUCCGCCGUCCAGCAGUCCACCCGCUGCCCCCCGAACGCCGUGACCUCGCUUGCGCCGAUACCGUGCUCCACGCCGGAGACCGAUAAUACCCCGCUAUCUAUCCACUAGCUUACAGCGACACGCACUGCCCUUUGUCCCAUCGCAUCUUCAACUGGGCUUGUCGUCACAGCAUCUGCAUCGUAACAGUAAUUACAACUACCGCGUAUCGAUACAGCAAGUUACUCUACAGCUGAUUCAUUGCUUGCGCGGACCCCGACAUCUCCCCACGGCGUACUCAUGCAGUCCGCCGACAAUGCGCCCCCUAACGACCCCCUCGCGUCGCUGCCCAUGGCCAACCCCACCAUGAAGCCCCAACCCUCCAAGCAACGGGGACAGCCGCUUGUCCUCGACUCGCGUCCUCUCUCCCAGCCCGAAGCCCAGCCGACCACCCCUAUCCGCGAACGACGAACGAAUCCCUCGGCUGCCUCCCUUUUCAGGUCAACACUUACACCACCGGGCUCCCGCUCCGCGUCACCAGCACCCAUGGGUUCCCCCGCCCGCAGCCUGACCGGCUCCGUCUUCGGUAGCGGCGGCUUCAAGCAAUCUCUCCUCGACACCGCGGCCGCGGAGAACCCGGGGGAUCCUCUCAAUCUGAUCCUCAAGAGCUUCGUCCCGCACAUCGCUAUCCACGACUCGGAAGAUGUCGAACAUCUGGUUAAGGAAAAGGGUUUCAAGGGCGGUCUGUUUGAGCUGCUCCGUCCGUUCGGAGAGCGCAUCCAGGGGAGGGUUACUAUUCGGGACAGCAACGGGGCAUCACGCACGUGGGAUGAUUUUUCGGUCCGGUUUACAAAAUUCGGGGAAGCUGUCGAGGAUCCAGAUACGCUACCAGAUCCACGGUCACUAAGGGGACCUCCGCCGAACGGACAAGCAGCGGGACAAUACAAUAUGCCUAGGAAAAAGACAAGCUUGGUUCAACAGGUGGAACAAGUGGUUGAGAAGCAUUUGGGUUUCGCAGAGGAGGCAAGCAUGGGGACAGCAACACCUACGACGCCCACGAGGCAAGGUCUCGAUACAGACGCUACAUCACCAUAUUAUGCCCUCUACCUCCGGCGACUACUAUCCGGCAUUCCCAUGGCGUCACACGAAACCUUCUCCCACCCGGUAGCAUGCGUAAUAGCCAUCAGCUCCCGACACCCGGCCCCGAUCGAAGCCCUCAGGCAACUCUACAGCGAAACCACACCCGCCGAGCAGCGGAUACCACCAUGGGUUGACGGCGAUUUUCUGCGCUACUAUGUACUGGUGCACGACGAAGAACGCAGCGACAUCACCAAAUCCAUGCAGCUCUUCGACCAAAUGAAGCGCCACUUCGGCUUACACUGCCACCUUCUCCGUAUCCGCUCCUCCCAAUCCGCCGAGACUGACGACGACAGCAUCCCUCUCCCUCGCUCCGACUGGAUGUCCGCCUCCGAAGAGCUCGCCGACAUCGAACGGUCCGAACAGCUCCAAGACUCGUUCGACGACGACCCCCACCUCUUCAACCGGUACAUCUUCGAGUCCGACGCCACCGCCAUCCGCACCUUCAUCCGCGAAAUGGUCAUCCAAUCGAUAAUUCCGACCAUGGAGCGCAACGUCUCGUUAUGGAACGACCAAGUCGCCUCCCGGCGUCGCGGCAUCAGCGGGCGGUUCAUGUCCUUGUCCAAGCGCUUCACAGUCUUCGGCUCCUCCUCUUCCUCCUCGCGCAACUCCACCAGCAGUUCAUCCAACGGCUUCGACACCCUGGGUUACUACCGUCCCGACACGCCCGAAGCCAUCAUGCGCCGGCUCGCCGACUUUGCCUUUAUGCUGCGCGAUUGGAAGCUGGCCAUGUCCACUUACGACUUGCUGAGGACAGACUUCCAAAACGAUAAAGCGUGGAAGUACCACGCUUCAGCAAACGAGAUGGCCGCUUUGUCCCUGCUCAUAAUGCCGCAAAAUAUGUCCUCCAAGAACAGAGUAGAAAUCAUCAACCCCAUGGUUGAACAGGCUCUUUACUCUUACCAUACACGCUGCUCGUCUUUGUACGGGGCCGUCCGGUCCACCCUUCUCUCUCUCGAACUCCUUCGUCUACGAGGCGGCACAGGAAUCGACGAAUCCGUCCGCUGGGGCACGCGCCUCCUUGAAAUGCGAUUGUUCGGCCCCAUCGGCGACGCCUUGCUCCGCGAACGGUUAGCAGUCUGCUACGCCUCCAAGCGCGGAACCGGCUCUCAGCUCUGGGGAAGCAGGAGACGCAAGUCAGCGAUGUGGAGCGUCCUUGCCGCCCAGGCGUGGGUGAGCAUGGGCAAAUACUUGCAGGCGCAAAAGUGUCUGGCGGAUGCUAGGAGGAUGUACUCUCUGCUACCGAGCGAGUGGGGGGUACAAGGGUUCAACGGGGCGAGCGAGUUUCUCGCUGGGUUGAACGAGGCAGUGAGAGAGGGGUUGAGGGUUACGAGGGAGUAUGCCGAGGCGUUGGAGGCUGAGGGGGGACAUUCUCAGGGCGGUAAUAGGGAAGGAGAGGAGGGAGAGGGGUUGGGAUUGCAGUUCGACGAAAGCAGCAACCUCACGAUCCGACCCAAGGCCGACCAGGCAGCUACCGGCACACAGGACAACGCGCAGACGGAAGUGGACGUGGACGUGGAGCAAGACGGGUUUAACGGACAGUCAACCUCUUCACAAUUACCACCACAACCGCAAAUACCCACACCCACCGCGUCUUCAUCCUCCAGGUCGUCACCGGAAACAACACUGGAUUCUGAUGCCCAACAGCCGGAAGAUAAGGACACAAGCACCUUCGAAAAUGUUACCAGCGGUGGAAAUAGUCCCACCCGACCGCGAAAAGCAAGCAUGGCCGUCCGAACAUCCAGGGUGCUAUCAGCUGCGGACCUGGAGCCAGCGCCGCUGUCGCCGCUGUCGCCGUUGAUGCCGGCUAGAUUGGCGAGCGCGAGCGGGAGGGAGGAAAAUAAGAGCAAAGAAGGGAAGGAUGGGUUUGGUUAACAGGACAUGAGACGAAGGAAGGAUGUGAAAGUUAAAGGCGCGGCGGUUCUUUUGUAGAGAUGGGAGACGGGGCAAUGAUGGGCAAACGGGGGGCAUGGGAAGAAUCAAUAGACGGCAUGGCAGCAGGCUUGUUUAGCAAAAGUGUGUAUGAAUAGUAAUGAACGAAUGGAAUGGUGAACGGGUUAGAGUAAUGAAUGCCAUGGUAUGGGUGAAUACGAGUCGUCACUUGUUG